CAGCCAUUGUAUCAGCGCUUCGCAGCAGUUGGUGGCCGGCUCUCCGCCGGUUCAUGGUGACGCCAGUGCUGCGCGCCGUAGACAACGACGAGCCCAUGGAUUUCCUCACUGAAGUCCGUCGGGUGGUGGUCGUGGUCAUCAACAUCAUUACCAGGACUGUCACUGAGGAUGUGCUCAUCGGGAAAGUCGAUACGGCUUACAAAUUAGUAUGCAGCCUUGCAUCAGAGGCAGGAGGUCUGGUGAACAAAGUGUCUAUGUUUGACAAAGACAUGAUGUUUCUGGUGGUGUUCGGUCUCCGAGGGUUGAAGCACGAGCAGGAGGCACAAAAAGCGCUAAUUUGCGCCUACCAGCUCAAGGAGAAGAUGGACACGGGGGAUCCUAACAUAAUAAGCGUGUCUAUUGGAGUAACCUCAGGUACAACAUACUGCGGAGUUGUGGGACAUGUUUUGCGAAGAGAGUACACGGUGAUUGCACCAGGUGUGAACAUGGCAGCACGGCUCAUGAUGGUGUAUCCAAUGAGAAUUACAUGUGACAAGGAGACUUUUCUUCGAAGCAAACUAGACCAAGACUACUUCAAGCUGAUGGAACCUAGAGCCAUCAAAGGCAUCGCCUCGGUCGGACCAAUAUAUGAAUUUAAUCAACUGUGGACGGAACGCAUCUGCAGCUGGCGGCACCCACUGCUGGGUCGUAACGACGAGCUGCGACGGUACAAGCAAAUACUCCACAACGCGCUGAACGAGAGCAGCGAGAAAUUCACCUCCUUCAAGAACCACAAGUUUGCUGUAGCCUUCAUUGGUCCUAAAAUGGUAGGAAAAAAACGCCUAGUUGAAGAAUGCCUCCACAUUACGCCUAGUUAUAUACAAAUAGAGAAAAUUGAACUCACUGAAAAGGACAAGAGUUCAUUUGAAGUGUUCAGAAAAAUAAUGUCUAUGGUUUUCAUGGACCAACAAAGCCAGCGCGCCACCAGGCACAACUUCGAAAAUAUGAUUCGAUACAAUGUGGACACAGCCACGCUGAGGCCGCUAGAACUUCACGCUUUGAACGUAAUAUUCGACCUCCGCUUUCCAUUGCCUGAGAAAUUUAUGUUUUUUGGAGAUAUUCUAUCCGAUUUUGCCGUUAAAAGUUUAAUCCGGGAAUUGAUUCGAGCUAAUCUACGCAGACUUUGGGUAGUCACCAUUUACGAAGGGCAGUACAUAGACGACGAGUCCUGGCGGCUGCUACUACUGAUAUUAGAGACAAAGACCGCGUUCGUGGUCAUGACCCUCUCGGAAGAGGGCAAACUGUCAGGCGUCGGUCAAGCCACCUUGAAGAAUCACAUGAUUGUCAAUUUCCACCUGGGUGGCAUCGACCGCUGGUACCACGCGGCACUGGCCUGCCAACUGUUGGACGUGCAAGCCAUUCCGCCAGAUUUGGAGAAAGUCAUCGAAUGCGCAAGUGGAGGCAUCCCUGGCUGGAUCCAGAACUUCCUCAUAUCACUUGUGCAGCGCGGCGUCCUCUCCAUAGUGACGGUGUCUCGGAGCGAAGCCGUCGACUCCGGUGCUAUCAUGCCGCCGCCGCAACUGCUGCAGAGGACCGAUGAUGAUGAUAACUAUGAGGCUGACAUGCCGUUAAGAGGGCCUAGUUAUAUGAGUAUCUACAGCGUGGUGAGUGUAAGUACGAAGAGCAGGAACGAUGGUGGGGGGAGCAGGUUCGACGUGCCUGCUCACGACACUGAUGUCAUACAGGUGGCCGUACUAGCUGAGGGAUACAGCUUCCUGGACAUGAAAUCUGAUAUGACAAUGGACGCGGUAAUAUUAAAAACUUACGAUUCUUUAACGCCAUUUGAGAAGAUGCUGUUGAAAUGUGGAUCGGUUCUCGGAGAGGUGUUCUCUCGUCGAAUGCUCCUGUAUUUGCUGGAAACCGACUCGGAUAGGACAGUAGCUCAAGCUGUAGCCAAAUUGUUUUCAAUCCACGUGCUAGAAUGCGAAGGUGGAGAUUUCACCCGGGACACAUCAAAUCAGCUGCUGGUGCACCCCGCGCCUUCACUGCCAACCUUCAAGUCUCCGCAUUGCGCCUGCAUUGGCACGAGGCAGCCACCUGACUGCCGAGAUAUCCCUCUCUACGCUUUCUGCGGAUACAUGAGAUUUAGACACUCGUUAUUUCGGACUACAACAUAUGAGUUACUUACAGAGAAUCAAAAGAACGAGAUGCACUCCCGAGCGCUGACGUACCUAGAACGGUACACUCGUCGCUGCAACGCGUGCGGAUCUGGCUGCUUCGUCAAACUCGUAGGACUCCGCUGUGAUGAUGGUCUCCGCGUGGAGAGUGAAGAGUUAAAACGCACUCGGCAGCAGAUUCGCAACCUGUCGGCUGAGACGCGGCUUGCCAGCGACUACGAUAUCGCUGGAGCUGGCACUUCGGAAUUCUCGACGCAGAUGAACCCUGCGUUCAAAAACAUGCCUGGAGAAACAACGAGUGAGAUUUACGAUGUGGAUGUUCUAGAAAAGAGUACCAGAAACCUCACAGACUCCAUCGGGCUGUACACGAACAAGCAAGUGCGCUCGUUUUCAUCGCUGGAGCUCGGAAACUGCGAGUGUUUGGCCAUACUGCUUUCUGUCUACUGCCAGAUCAUAGACCACUGCAAAGGAGCUGGUGAACACCUAAAGCUCUAUGAUGCCUACAUGGAAUACACCGAUUUGAGUAUUUUGAAGCUAAAUAUCCCACAAGCUAUUAGACUCCUGUUUGAAGUGGAAACUUUCGUAAAGACCACGAUGAAAGACGAAUUGCCACAUUGGAUGAACGAUUUCCGUUUGGCCAGCAUUCAUUCUUUACGAGGGGUUUGUAUGCUGGAGUCUGGCGACCUGGGAGAAGCCAGGACUCAGCUUUUCACUGCUAUGAAACUCUAUUAUAACCCAUUUCCUGAUACCAAAUUCAAAGCGAAGUUUAGUCAUAUGAAGAUAACUUUCCACCAAUUGAUGGCCAUGUCUGUAGCUCCGCAGUGCUACGUGACCAGAGAGCCGGGAUAUGUAGGGUUCUAUUACGAAGACAUGGCUCUCACCUUGAACAGGCUGUACAGACUCUUUUUGGAAACAAAAGAGGAAGACAAUGCCUUACUGGCGGCUAAAUGGUCGUUCAACUACGCUUUACGAACUAACGCGAACUUCCGCGUCCUGUGCACUAGCUACGGGAACAUGAUUGCCGUUUACCGUCAGAAACAAAAGUUUUCCAUGUGUCGUACGCUCGAAAAGCGAGUGAUGGAACUGUGUCACCGCAAGAGAGGACAGCUCGAUGUAACCGAGGUCCAAGCUGUCUGCUAUCUAUACACGACUUUGUUUCUAUUUUUUGUGGAAUAUGGUAAGAAGAUGGAGAGCAUCCAGUUCGGUCUGUCAGUGAUGAGGAUGAUGAGCAGCCUGACCGACCUGAACACCCGUCAGCUGCUUAUACUGUGGAUGCUGAAGUUUCUUCUCUCAGACCUAAGAGUCCACGAUAUGGUGUCCAUCAUGAGGGAGUUCUUCUAUAUGAUCGACCAUUAUGAUCUAAGCUCGGAGACGUGGUACUAUUUCUACGCGAUUAUAAUACUGCUGGACACCGGGUACACCGUGGAGAGCUACAGCACGUGUGAGAAGUUCUACAUCAAGAAGGGCGACGCCAUACUGCGGUCUAAAUCGCCUGAGGCCGCCUGGAACUUCUUCGUUUGCAUGUGGCUUGUAACUAUUCGCGUGGGCGCAUGGGAGAGAUCUAUACUCUGGGACGAGAAAAUAAAGAAGAUACGAGGAAACGUGAAACUAGAGAAGUACGAAUUCGGCACAAUGAUCGUCGUCAGACUUUUGGAAGGACUUCUCAUUACGCUUGUGAGAGAGAUGAGCAACAGAAAUAUUAAAAAGAUAAUGGUUUUGGAAAAGUCUAUCCAGGCGAUGCUCAAAGAUUUGAAGUCUGCUUGUGGCCGCGCACCAAUGUUUACACCAAGGUAUUACCUCCUAGUGGCGUAUUUUGACUACAUCCGUGGCAAGAAGCUACGUGCCUUCAGUCAGAUUAACAAGUCUAUUGAACUGGCGCGACAGUACUCCCACGCACCCAUGCAAUACUGGGCCGAGCAUACGAGAGAUCAUUGGAAGGGCACAUUGCCGAAGCACCUUGAGAAUUACUGGAUCGAACACGUGGAGCCUGAUAAUACGCUGGACUACAGAGAUUUCGAUUCUAAGAAGAAAAUUGUGCCCUACACGCUCCCGUUGCCACACGACUUGGAAUUCUAAAUGAAAGGAACUCUGAAUUCGCCGAUGACAAUGACCCAGGAGUGAGUCAGGAAAUCGACCCUUGUUUAAAGGGUUAAUUAUCUACCUAAUUGUAAGGUUCAAUUUACCUAAUGGUUAGAGUACGAGGUUUUGUUUUAAGUUUAUUUUCGAGAUUAAUAGAACUUAAUAAAAUAAUACGUUUUAAGUUUAGGCUGUCAUAAGUUAUUCUUAGAUUUCUUUAUUGUUAUUUUUGGAUUUAGGCAAUUACGUAUUAUGUUUAGUUUACUAUUUAGUGAAGUUACUAAAAAAAGUAUUUUUUAUCUUUGUUCUUUUAAAAAGAAAAAUAAAAAGCAUAUGUAAUAGGCAAAAUAAUUUUAUUUCAAUAAUAAAUGGUGCCUACAUUCAGAACAGUCAGGUGGGUUAAAUGGACACUCAAAUGCAGCAAAAUUUGUUUAAAAAACAAUAUAAAUGUAAUGUAACAAUAUAAUUAGUUGAGGAACGUCUUAAGACAUGAGGUGACAUUUUAACAGAGCAACUCAAAAUUUUACUUUAUAUACUAUUAUGAUAACAUCCACACAUCCCUGCGCCAAUAUUAAAGUUUGAGAGUAUAAUUCAUUUUAUAAUUGUGUAUAUUGCUUGUGAUUGUACACUAGAAAAAAAAAAUUUAAACAAAAUCGAAAUUUGUCAUAUCCUUUCAGUUUAGUUUAUAGUAUUUAAAAAAAAAUCGAAGAUAAAAUUUAAAAAUUUCUUAGAAGAAAGACACACUCCAGUAUUAAACGUGACUGUUCUGUACCAAUUUUCUUUAGCGACCCUGCCGGUGGAAUGAAGAACCUUAACAUUUCCAACAAUCCAUAACAUUUAACAUAAUUUUUACAUUACAAAUAAAUAACCUACGUACAUAGGAAUGUAAAUCAAACAUUCAUCAAUAAUAAAAUGAGAAAAUAAGCUUGUGAAAAAUAUAUUUACAACUAACAUCAUUUUAUUCAUUUACACAUACCUAUACUGUCUUUAUGUUCUCCACUUUCAGAUCUAAGUGAAA